GAAAACCACUUGUGGACGUAUUUUGCGCUCCUGGACCUCAUUCAUUUCGCCCAAAGCGACUUUUUUUGUGUUUUGUUGCGAAGCUUCAGCCAACUGUCACAAGAGGAGGCGAGGGGGCACCGUGUAUGCGCUUCGCCGCUGUGUGUGAACGUCCACGCGGAGCAAAGGGCAAAGUGCAAAGUGCAAGGUCCCCCGCGAGUCCAGAUAUGAGCCGCGACCGGCUCGAACCGACCACUGCCUUCGUUUGACUUCGAGCUGCCUUUCCUGCGUCUUUUGUUCUGUUUUGAACGACCAGGUUUAACUUUUUGAUUUGAUUUAUUUAUUAUUAUUAUUAUUAUUUUUUGCACCGAAGAUGUCUUGCCUCUUCCUGAAGUUUGUACGAAGAAAGGGGGGUGUCAGCGCCAGUCUGGGUUUACGGUCCCUGGCCUCCAUCCCCUCGCUGCCCCCUGAUGUGGCAGAGUUUGUGAAGGGCGCGGCGGACGAGUGCCAGCCCAGCGGCGUGCGCGUCGUGACGGGCACGUCAGAGGAGAUGGCCGAUAUCCUGGCAGGCCUGGAGAAGGAAGGGAUGGUCAAGAAGCUCCCCAAAUAUGAAAACUGCUGGCUGGCACGCACGGACCCAAAAGACGUGGCCCGAGUGGAGAGCAAGACGGUAAUCGUGACCAAGAGCCAGAGGGACACCAUCCCCGUCCCUGCCGAAGGAGUCAAGAGCCAACUGGGCAGCUGGAUGAGCCAGUCUGACUGGCAGAAAGCAAGACGGGAGCGUUUCCCGGGAUGCAUGGCAGGUCGCACCAUGUAUGUUAUUCCUUUCAGUAUGGGUCCAGUGGGUUCCGGUCUUGCAAAAUAUGGCGUUCAGGUGACUGACUCGCCGUACGUCGUGGCCAGCAUGGGCAUCAUGACCCGUAUGGGCACGCCUGUUCUGAAUAAGCUGGCCGAGGGAGUUGACUUUGUCCGUUGUCAGCACUCUUUAGGGCGGCCUUUUCCACUGAAAGCGCCGCUGGUCAACGCGUGGCCCUGCAACCCAGACAAGGUGUUAAUCUCCCACUUGCCAGACACCAGGCAAAUCUUGUCGUACGGCAGCGGCUAUGGAGGAAACUCCCUCCUGGGGAAGAAGUGCUUUGCCCUGCGCAUCGCCUCGCGCAUCGCCAAGGAUGAAGGAUGGCUGGCGGAGCACAUGCUGAUCCUGGGCAUCACCAACCCUCAGGGAGCGAAGCGUUACGUGGCGGCAGCGUUCCCGAGUGCCUGCGGUAAAACCAACUUGGCAAUGAUGAAACCCUCUCUGCCAGGCUGGAAGGUGGAGUGUGUGGGCGACGACAUCGCGUGGAUGAAGUUCGACGUCCAAGGGAAGCUGAGAGCCAUCAAUCCCGAGAAUGGCUUCUUCGGCGUCGCUCCGGGGACCUCCGACAAGACCAACCCUUAUGCGAUGAGCACCAUCGCCAAAAACACCGUGUUUACCAACGUUGGCGAGACCAGCGACGGAGGGGUAUGGUGGGAGGGUCUCGAUCCCCCCGCGGCUGGCGUCACGUUGACGGACUGGCACGGCGAAACCUGGAAGCGAGGAAGCGGCACGCCUUGCGCUCACGCCAACUCGCGCUUCUGUGCACCGGCGGCUCAGUGCCCCAUCAUUGACCCUCAGUGGGAGAGCGAAGAGGGCGUUCCUAUCGACGCCAUCAUCUUCGGCGGUCGGAGGCCGCAAGGAGUUCCUCUCGUCUACGAGUCUUUCAACUGGCAACACGGCGUGUUUGUUGGGGCUGCAAUGAGGUCUGAGGCCACAGCAGCUGCUGAGCAUAAAGGAAAGGUGAUCAUGCACGACCCCUUCGCCAUGCGUCCGUUCUUUGGCUACAACUUCGGCGACUAUCUCGCUCACUGGUUAAGCAUGGAGACCCGGAAGGCGCCAACUCACCUGCCCAAGAUCUUCCAUGUCAACUGGUUCCGGAAGGACCCCACCAGCGGUGCCUUCCUCUGGCCGGGAUUCGGCGAAAACGCCCGCGUGCUCGAGUGGAUCUUCAAGCGCUGCGGCCGGGAGCGUGACAACGAGGCGGCCAAAAAGAGCGUCAUCGGCUGGUUGCCGGAAGACGGUGCCAUCGACACCCGGGGGCUGGGCGGCAGCGUGGACAUGGGCGCCCUGUUCGACGUGCCCGAGCACUUCUGGCAGAAUGAGACCAAGGAGCUUAGAGUGUACUUCAGCCAGCAGGUAGGGGCUGACCUCCCUGCAGAGGUGGAGGCUGAGCUGAAGGCUCUGGAGGUCAGGGUUCAUGCCUAAUAAUGUCUGCGGGGCGGGGCGGGUGCAAUCGGAGCCAGCGGCUGAAUUAGCACACUUUUUUUGUUUCGCUACUUUGAAACUGACAUUUAAGAAUAGGAAAUACUGUCGUCGGGCCACAGGCGUUAGGACAGCUGCCUCCCUUGUCCGUGCUUAAUUUUGAUGGCGUUAGUAAUGUCACCGCAGUUCAUCGUUGUGGUUGCGCCUUGUCAACGAGAUUUGGACCGCCCGCUCAUCGAGGUGGCGCAUCCGCAAAUGUGGAAUUACUGAAAGUGAAUGACAGGCACCAAAACACGACUCCUCCAUUUUCUACUAUGCUUAUUAUUAGGAUCGCUGCAUUUGCUAAGAGGUGAGGUGUGACUGUGAAAUCCAUGUAAAUCACCUCAUCAUAUUGUUACAUAUAGACAGACGGGUUUGCAUUCGCACUUGCAUUUGACUGCUCACAGAAAGUUUCUGGGUUUUGAGUGGCCACAGGGAACCCAGGUCCUGACCUCUUCUUAUAAAAUAAAAAAAGACCUUGGUUAAUGUAGCAUUCAACACAAAAUUGUUCGGACACGAAUGUUGCUGUGCAGAAUUUACUCGGGGGCGGCACGGUGGCCAAAUGGCUAGCACCUCUGCCUCACAGUUCCGAGGACCGGGGUUCAACGCCCGGCCCCCGCCUGUGCGGAGUUCGCACGUUCUCCCCGUGCCUGCGUGGCUUUUCUCCGGGCGCUCCGGUUUCCCCCCACGUGCCAAAAAACACGCACGGUAGGUUGAUCGAGGACUCUAAAUUGCCCGUAGGUGCGAAUGGCUGGUUGUUUGUAGGUGCCCUGCGAUUGGCUGGCGACCGGCUCAGGGUGGACCCCGCCUCUCGCCCGAAGAUGGCUGGGAUUGGCUCCGGCGCGCCCGCCACCCGCGUGAGGAGAAGCGGAACGGAAGAUGAAUGAAUGAAUAAUUUACUCAACAUGUAAACAAAAAAACGUUUUUUUUUUUUUUUUUUUUAGAAAAACAGAAAUUUUUAAAUGAUCUGGGUCAUUCGAAGGACUAUUACAAUUGCAUCAGCUCUACCGCAAAAAAAUAAAACGACUAAUUUACGUAAUUGUCAAUUCUGUGACAGGUCUGGUUUAGUGAUACUUCAACUUUAAAUAUUGUUUGCGCUAUCAAAUUAAGAGUUUUAAAGGAUACCUUUUUGUUUUAUCGUGUUUCUGUGCCUCCCAUUCCAAAUGUCACCCCAUGACCGUCUUUUAUUAUUUCAAAAUGUCCUGCAGAAGACCUCAGCUCUGCUGGCAAUUGUUACGUAGCACAGAGGAAACAAAUUAGUCCAUACAAAUCACUCAACAAAUUGUCAAGUGGGCUCUGAAUAUGUAGAAAACCCUCUUCUGUACCUUUGUGCUACUCUUCCGGUCUCUGAAUCUCUGCCGUAAGCCGCUGACGACGACGCCCUGUGACACGAAGCUCAGUGACCGCUUUACUCUGAAACCCUUUUUUUUUUUGCUUGCUUCUGCCAUUAAUUUCCUUGCUAUAAAACAACUAAUUGUGCAAAAAGAACUGAACCAUCGAACAGUCGGACAUGCGCAUUUCAAGUGGAGAGACGGUCCAAUUAAUUUCAGGUUGUCAUGAACUUAAAAGUUCAUCCCAAAGAAAAAUGGCACCCUAAAGCCCAAUAUCCCUAACCUUUCGGGAGUCGUGUAUAUUUUUAACAAGUUGAAUUUGAAGUCUAAGUGGCCAGCAAAUAUUUGAGUAUACAGCUAUACUGAACUCGAUUCAUUAAAAAGAAGUGUUCAAAACAAGUUCGUAUUUCGACCCGCCAGGAACCAAAUGUUCAGAGUAUGCUAUGAAAUGACGACGACAAAAGACAUCGGCUUGUGUUUGUGUGAAACCCCAAGCGGAGGCUCGCGCCCACCCUCCUCCGCGGAGGGACGUCCCUUCAGGCGCAUAGAAGAGGAAAAGCGAAUAAUCCAACUAUGCGAUACCUCCCUCGUGUUCUCGAUAUUGCUUCUGCUGUCGGUGCUGCGACGGAGGCGAUAUUGCUCCCGCCGCAUUAAGCGGCAAGAGCGAGAUCAAUCACUACGACACGCAAAUGUUGACAAGUUGCAACCCAAACACCUUUGUACUUUUUUUAAACAAAGACAAAAACACACCCUCUGUUUUAUACGCGCAGGGUCACAUUGGGCCAACCCCGAAAGAUAAGAAGUAUCAAUAAAAUUUGAUCCGCUCUUGGAAAAAGUUCCAACUUCUGGUAUCUGCUCUUUUACACACACAAUCGCUAUGCAUCAUUCAUUCUUAAUGGUUUUAUUUGUAUAAUUCCAGGUGACUUGAAUUUUAAAAUGAUGGACCAAUAAGUAUAACUGUGAUCUACUCUUUUCCAGGUAUUUUAUAAAGUUCUGUGCAACUUUUUUUUUUUUUUUUACAUACUACAGUGCAAUGAAUUUAUGUCUCAAAGUGCCUAUUAUUGAUUUCUCUGAAGAAAUAUAUACAAUGAAAUGGGUCAC